UUAGAAACGAUUUGUGAUCGCUGCAUUUCAAUAGUAAGAAGGUCAUAGCUUACCAACAGGAUAUAUAAAUAUAUGUGAUCAUGGAGCCUACUAGAAGUGAUGAUUGAUAUGUAUAGGUAAAUAGCCAAUGCUUUUGGACUACACAAGCCAUGGAUUUAAUCUACAUGUUAUUUUCCUUCAUGUUAUUUUUUCUUCAGAUUUGUUUCGUUGUUUCUGAGAGCUGUACAUUUUACACAAGCGCCACGACAUUGGUCCGUACAUGCAGCGCCGGGUGUUGUGAUAGUGGAUGUUGUUCUGACAACUAUAAAACGUUAGCAAUCAUCCUUGGAACCGUGUUUGGCUGUCUCCUCCUAAUAUUCAUCAUAGCAAUCGUAGUAGUAUGUUUGACGAGGGAUCGGUGGACCAAACGAGUGAAACCUAAACCUAAAGCUUCCGUUCAAAAGACAAAGAAUGAUGACGUAAUGCUAACAGACAUGGAUACCAACAAUUCGGCAACGGUCUGAUUAGGACUAAUGAUGGUGUGACGUCAUAAUAACAUCAUCUAAAGAAUAUAUUCUCGACAUGAGGGAACCAUGCCAUCCACCCAAGUAGGAUUUCCCGAAACCAUGAAGACAACAAAAUGUGAAAGUGACGUCAUGAUGAAAAAUGAAGACUAACAUCACAAAUAACAAUACAUGUGUAAAAUGGGUUGCAAUAUAUGUUAUGUUGUUAGAGAUAAAUUGGUCUCGAGACAAAAUCAACAAAAGAUGUCUAAUCACUUCAUCUCUCAACGCUUACAUACAAAUUGUAAUUCGUAAUUCCUAUGGAUUAUCAACAUAGUGAUCACAUCUCCAAAGUUUGAAAUGUGUAGUAACACUAUAUUUAUCUUGCAAUAAUAAGAUUUGACUUAAAAUAAAAUCAUGGUGAUUUGUGUUGGCUUUUGGAUUCGGUCCUCGAUUAUGCUAUGACACAAUCGAACAAAGUGUUAGAUGACAGCAUUGAAUAUGUGUAACUUGGACGUGAUCAGGACAUUUUCUGUUUUCUAUAAAGAUUUAUUUGGGGAUUUACAUUUUGUUAAUGCCGUAAGUAUUUCACUAGCUUUCAAAACAUUAUUGUAUUUAUUUCUAAAGAAUAAGAAACUAUAAGAAAUGUUUCCUUUAUAUCAAUAUAGCGGGCUCCUGGCGAGAUUUAUGUCUUGUUUAAAGAUAGUAUAAGCUUACAUAAGUAUGAUUCAUUAUAGUUUGUUUCAAAUAACACGUUAAAUAACAUUGAUACAUUUUUAUUACUUUUCUUCGUGACGUCUCAAUACAGUUGGUGGUAUAUGACAUCAUGAUGUUAUUUAAGUAAUAUUAUGUGGUAGCAAACAAUGGGCGUAUACAGUCAACCAAAACUCCACUUUUCUUCCUCAAAUGUGUUUUCCUAAGGAUACUUAUUUCACUUAGGUUUGAGCAAUGAAAACAAUAUCAAGUAUUUGUUAAAUCCAAAUGAAAAAGUGUGUCGACAAACACAAUGAAUUAUGAAUGCUCCUAUACAGUAUACGACCCGAGCUUUGAUUGGCUGAGAUAAUAGUUUAACCCGUCCAAUGGUAUAAAAUGAGGCUAUCUACGGUGUCAAAAACCGCAAAAGUUUUAUAAAUAAUUUUGUUAAUAAAUAUGUUUCAUGUAAUCUUAUAUAAUGUACACAAAAAUAUUUUUUAUAUUUCAAAUAUCCAUUGUCCUUAAGUAGUGUGUAGGUGGAUUUUCUUUUGUUAUGUUAUCAUUGUUAUUCUCCAAAUACUCCACGUUACUUUGUUUAACUACCAUCGAUUAUACGUUCCCAUAAAAAAAUGAUGGAUCAAUGCAUUUAAAAUGUCCUGGCACAACACUCCUAGUAUAUUCAUUGUUACCACAUUUUCUGUUUAUAUUUUCACUUACGUUUGUGUGACGUAAAUUUAUUCAGGAUUAAAUUAAAAACAUUUUUUGUUAUAGAGUCAUAACAUACUAAAUCUGAUUGCACUGUCAUCAUAUCACGCUUCAUAUCAAAUAUGUAUUCAAUUUAAUCCAUUAAAUGUAAUCCAUUAAAUUUUAUCCAUUAAAUUUUAUCCAUUAAAUUUUCUCUACUGUUAUCAUUUCUGCGAAUAUCAACGUUUAUUGAUGGACUGUUUUCUCUUAGAAAUUAACACGCCUCUGAAUCAGCCAUUCAAAAACGGCGUUACAAACAACAACGUCAUUUUUACGCUAGGGCUGAAAACAUAUUUUGAAGCCAAUGAAAAUGUUUGUUGCAAGGAAGAUUAAAUAACUAAAAAAUAAUCUUUAUUACUUAAUGAAUAACAGUAGUUUCCCGCAUGAGUGAAUACAUUGUUAUUUGUUUCACGCAUGGAUAAUAUGAAACGAGAAAUAUUACGAUCAACCAUAACUGAACGACAGGAUGUGUUAGAAUAUCAAAAAGGUAAGGAUCAUCGUGGUGUUGAAGAUAUUAAAGAAAUACCGAACAUUGCUAUCACUUGUAAAGUGCUUUAAAUGUUUCAGUGCGUGACAUGCUCAUGUCACGCGUAUCAAAGCAGAGAUCCAUGAAACUCGUUUUUCUUAUACCUGCGAGGCAUUUUGUAUAAUUCUCCAGGCAGAAUAUCAAAUUAGAAUUAGCUCAAGUUUUUAACGAUUAAUAUAAAGCAGAGAUAAAAACACAUGAAGGAAAAUUCAUUAUUAUUCUCUUUAUUUUGUGUUUUAUUAAUUACCCUGAAACUGUUUUAAUAAGCAUGAAAUAAACAAAAAGCUAUAGAUGUUGACGCGAGAUUGAUCGUCGAUUAUAUAUAUAGGGAUAAUGAUAUUACCAAUGGGGACUGAAAAUGCGCAACUUCAUAUCCUGCUACAUACAAACUUUUAAAAUAUACAGCUGUUUGUUGAUAACAUAUCCUACGGGAAAGUAGUCGUUUAAUUUAUGGCUUCCUUGUGCUUUUCAUGUUCACUCCUAGGAAAAACAAAAUCACGUGCCUUUCAAACCGGUCUUAUAUAAGGGAUUGUCAUCUAAGAAGGAUUUUUGUAAUGUAUGUGUUUGUUGUUUGAUAAAGAGUUCAGUGAAAGCAUAUAUAAGCUAUGCGUUUUGGCUAUCAAAGGUAAUCUGAACACACAUCAUGUACAUAAUUAUUUUUAUAUUUAACGUCGUAUGUUUUAUCUAUGUUACAAAUAUUUUAUAUAAUCGGUUAUUUUAUAAAGUUCCCUGAUAAGGAAAUGGUAUUUUUGUGUGUUUAAACGUUUCUAAUCUAUGCACACUGUUUCUGCUUAAAAUGUGUUCACUUCAGGAAAUUCUUUCGGUUUGUAAAUGUCACAUGUAUUUAAUCAUUUUAUCAAAUUCCAACUGCUUUUUUCACAUUAGACUCGAUUGUAAUUAUGAUACGCACGAUAUCGUGUUUUAUCAUGGCUAUGCUGUUAUGUAACGUCAAUCUAUAUAUAUAGAUGUCAGAUUGAUAUAAACUUCUUGACACUUGUU